UUUCAUUCAAUUCAGGCAUUACCGUAAGCAAGCACAACGGUCAUGACGCCAGCGUAAGCAGUGGUAGCGAGCUUCACCAUCCUCCGAUACCGGUACUGACUGACAAGUGGUGUAGAUCCUGUAGAUCGACUGACAAACCGGAAGUACCAUCUCUGAAAUUAUCAUUCGGUAUUAGUCUAUUUCCUUCUAAAUUCCUGUCUCAUUGAGAUUGGAGUCAUGCAUGCAGUGCACGUAAGUUUCUCCCUCAUACCAGGAUACGACGAUCUCUAAAUGAAUGGAUAUUAGGAAAAAUUCAACGCAAACUCUUAAAUGACACUGAAGUACAGGUGCUUCAUACGCUACUACUGGAGUUAGUCAUCAACUUCAUAAUGAUGCUGUUUGGAGAUGCUGUUCUAGGAUGCUUCAGGGUGUAUUUGCCCAUCAUGCUCUUAUGGAUUAUUUCUCCUGCAAGAGUUGCAGGUCAGGAUUGCUCCGCUCCAGGGGAAAAUGUCUUUGAAGGCUAUCGUUAUGUUUUCUACCAUGGUACUGAUGGUGUCCACAGAAGUUUCUCAGCCACACGAACACACUGUCAAAGCCUAGGAGGUGAUAUGCCCAUCAUCACAUCAGAAGCACAAAAUAACUUCGUUGCCUCAAAAUUAAGGACUGAUGGGGGAAACUAUUACAUUGGCUUAAAAGAUAUGGACCAGAAUGGCCAGUAUAAGUGGAUUGAUGGAACAAGCCCCGGGUAUUUAAACUGGGAUCCAUUCUUAUACGAUUGGUCGCCACCACACUGUGCUGUGAUGAGGUCUGGGAACAGCCUGUCUGAUUCUAGCCAUGGACUUUGGAAUCGAAGAAAAUGUACAUCACAAAGACGACAUAUCUGCCAAAUACCACUAGGCGAUGGCUGUAGAUGGCAUGAGUUUGGUGAAUCUCAGUAUCUCAUAAAGUUGGUACCCUAUAAAGGUCUAGGUGACGCCAGGGAUACGUGUCAACAAUAUGGUGGUGAUUUAGCUAUCAUUAAAACUGAAGAAGUCAAUGCAUUUCUCAAAGACAUCAUAGUUCCCUCAUUAACUUCAACUAGUCAAUAUUUCUGCUACUGGAUUGGGCUUGAGAGAGAUGGAUGGGGGGAUUUUACCUGGUUAGAUGGUACUACUCCUGGAUAUACUGAUUGGUUUACUACAACGGAACCGAAUGACUUCAACUCCUGGGGAUGUCUUGGUUUUCGUGAAGGUCCUUCAUGGUACGACCAGCUGCAGGGAUCCCCCUUUCCCUACAUUUGUGAGCGCACACACGCUCUUGAUGGCACCAACGAAGCAUCAUUUGGAGGUGUAAAUUACUUUGUCUCUCCUUCUUGGCUAUCUCGGGAUUUUUCGAAUGCACGGACCUAUUGUCAGUAUCAUGGAGCCGAUUUAGCACUCAUCAAAUCACAUGACGUGAACGUCUUCCUUCAUGAAAGGAUUUCGGGAGUGAAUACUUUAGUGUAUUUUGGAUUGACUGAUCGGGAUGUCGAAGGCACUUACAAAUGGAUCGACGGCACACCUUUACAGUAUUCUUCAUGGUUAUCUCCCGAACCCAACGGCAACACGAAUGAAAACUGUGCCUCUUUAGAUCCUUUGUCAAGUAAUUUUGGAUGGAUCGAUGUCUCAUGCUCUGAGGCAAGACCAUUCAUAUGUGAACGCCACCAGUACGUUCAUGAAAAGAAAUGGAGUCAUUUUGGUGGAACUCUCUACUAUGUCUCACAAUCCUCUUUGACGUCGUACACGUUGGCGAGGAGCUUUUGUCGGGAUCAGGGAGGUGAUCUUGCCCAACCUAAAACACAAGAAAUGAAUACGCAUCUCACCAUGCUUGCAGGAGGCAACUCGUUCUGGUUUGGACUCGAUCGGAUGCAAGAUGGCAUUUUCCGUUGGAUCGAUGGCACUCAGAUCAACGAAGAUCAAUUUCCUUCUUGGUCGAAUUAUGUUACUACUCUGUUUGAGAACGAAAACUGUAUUCAUCAGCAGUUAAAUGAUGGAUGGGGAAAACUACCAUGUACAUCCUACUUGAGGGUCGCAUGUGCAAAACCUCCGAGACCGCGACCAGUUCCUCCUAUACCCCUGAUGGCAGCUACUUCGACACCCUACGGAGGAGGUCUUAAUGGCCCUUCAUUCCUAUGUCUACUCGGCUCAGAGGAUGAAGAUAUCCUAACACUGUCCACCAGAAGACUCUUCCGUCUGACCCAAUCUAUAGCUGCUGAUAGCUACACCGCUCCCGGACAAACCACUGUUGUAUCGCCUUCAGAAUCCCCCGAAGUAAAAAAGCAUACCCUCCCAGCGUCUAUGGAAGGAUUGGGAUUUUUCGAGUGUUCCUCGGUUACAGCAAGCAGGAUGACAUCGGUUCCUCUUGGAAUUCUUCUUUCAACUCGUGAUUUGCAACCACUGGAUGGUCGAUUUACAAAGACAGUAAACAUGGGAGAUAAUAUCACACUCAGUGUAAUGCGACCAACAGGAGAGGAAGACGGAACCGGGGCUAGGUGGGGCUUAUUAAUCGAUGAAGAAGACUGGGAUAACUCACUCAUCGCAUCUAGUUCGGGUAGUCUAUCACACACGAUUCAAUCUGCAUCUCUCUCGGACGCUGGUGUGUAUGUGACAUACAUGUCUAAUAUGUUGGACCAACGUCAAUUCAGUCUCAUCAGACUUAUCGUGAAAGAAUGCCCGGAUGGAAGAUGGAACCCACCAUUAUGCGAUCAGUUGUGCGAUUAUUGUUACAAUGGAGGUGUUUGUCACGAAUCAUCAGGUAUAUGUAUCUGUCCUCCUGGUUUUGCUGGAGCAAAUUGCCUACAAGCGUGUGGGAUGCAUACAUUUGGAUGGGAUUGUGAGUAUGAAUGUGGAACUGAUCAGUACUUGGACCAGUGUGCCGGUUCUCAGAUAUGUCUUCCUGAUCCGUAUGGAUGCAAUUGUUUAGCCGGAUACAAAGGAAUCUACUGUAAUGAAACAUGCGAAGGUGGUUGGUUUGGCGUUGAUUGCCGUCAGGAAUGCCAUUGCGAUGGUCAAGCAGACUGUAAUGACUUCACUGGUGAAUGUCCUGCUGAUUGCGCUCAAGGAUGGUCAGGACCAGCGUGCCAAGUUCCUUCUGUUUGUCCAACGGGAUACUUCGGGACCAACUGCACUCAGAAAUGCAACUGCAGGAAUGGGACAUCAUGCCAUAAAGAUUCUGGAUACUGUGACGAAGCUGAAGGGCUUUGUGAGAAAGGAUAUGUCACCGACUCUGUUGAAUUUCCAUCCAACUGUAUAACAUUUUCAGGAUGUCACAGCUCUUGUUCAGAGACAUGCCAUUGUUCUGGAGGGAUUGAUGAUUGUAACUUUCUGACCGGGAACUGCAUUUCAUCCAUCUGUCAUCCUAGAUGGACAGGAGAUCAAUGCCGAACGGAUCGGUUUGAAGCAAGCUCGAAGAAGACCAAUCCAGGGGUGGCUGCUUUCUCCUGCUCCUACAUUGUGCCACCAGGUCAAAAUGUUUCCUCUGAUUACGUGAAGGCAUCGAUAGGAUCACUUUCUGAAGAACAUUGGAUUAGCCACAGAGACAGUUCAAAUGCAUCAGGGACAUCUCUCAACAAUUCUUUUAACCAUGAGUACUUGGGUCAGGAGGAACCGAUUUACUGUUUCGUUGGCGUUCCUGGAGAUGCAUCAACGUUUGCUUUUGCCAGAUUGCCUCCUCGAGAGUUUUUUGAUUUGCCACGCUUUGCCGGCACACCUGAACUAGUUAGUCGUGGAUACUACCACGCUGUGAUUGGCUGGAGACAAUGGGACCCUAACAGUGACACUGGUGACGGACCCGUUGUCCGCUACAAGAUCUUCGUGCGAUCAGGAGCCGAUCUCCUGUCUACAGACGAGGUUCAGUCUCCAAGCUCGCACGAUGGUUCGGUAUCGAAGAGAUCUGCUGAGAAUGCCACGGAGAUGAUCGUAUACAAUGCCACCGGACUUGAAGCGGGAUCAACCUACUCUGUCCAGAUUGCAGCGAUCAGAGAUGGUGUCAAUGGUGAAGGGGAACCGGGUCUAGCAUUAACAUUGACAACAGAAAGACUUCCUGUGCCUCCGACUACACCAAGUCCUUCACCCGAUUCAACUACCUCGAUGAUUAAAUUGCCUGGCGGUCCAACUGGUAGUUCUAUAGGACCGGCAGUUGGAGGAGCCGUAGGUGGCAUCGUCGUCAUAUUGGUCAUCAUUGUAUUAGUCAUCAUUGUAUUAAGACGACGGAGAAAUGAUGAUAAACCAUCUAAAAAUGCUUACGUUGAGGACAAAGAGGCAUCGCUUUACUUUCAAGACACGUCAUUAGAUGGAGAAAAUGACUACAGCCGGGCCUCCGUUUUAAACCCAGACCAUGUCGACCAGGGACUUCCCCGGAGCACCACCAGACCUAAACCAGCUAUAGCCGCCAAGCCCUCUCAUCGGCAAACCUUAGAACCUGAUGCUACCGAUGGUGGCCCAGGGUCACCAAGCAGCAAACCACUUUCCACACCCAAGCCGAUUCCUGUCGCUCAGUUUCCUGCAUAUGUCAACAGGAACAGACACACUGCACUCUUCUCAGAAGAAUUCCAUGACCUACCUGCUGCAGAUAUCUAUCCACAGACAGUGGCUCAAGAGAAGAUUAAUUUCAAGAAGAACAGAUACAAGAAUAUCUUACCAUAUGAUUCAGCAAGAGUAAAGUUGGCUGUCAUCAACAACGAUCCCCACUCAGAUUACUUCAACGCAUCUUACAUUCCUAGUUUUGAAAAUGACAAGGCUUACAUUGCAUCACAAGGGCCCAACAAUGCAUCUGUAGAUGAUUUCUGGAGGAUGGUCUGGCAGGAGAAUGUGACGACCAUUGCCAUGGUUACGAGGCUUCAAGAAGGGGACAAGAUAAAAUGCCGUCAGUACUGGCCCAGUAAACAAGGAGAUUCAGUGAUGUUUGGAAAAAUAAAAGUGGUAUUGGAGUUGCUGGAACCAUGCACCGGUGGGGUGAAAAGGAAGAUGUCAAUGGAGAAGGGUGACGAAUCGCGGACCGUCACUCAAUUUCACUUCAGGGUAUGGCCAGACAAGGGUGUUCCUAAACAUACCUCAUACCUCCUGAAGUUUAUCAAAGAAGUCAAGGAUGAUCACGGACAGAACCCAAAUCCACUCCUCAUCCAUUGCAGUGCUGGCGUUGGACGAACGGGUGUGGUGAUCAGUAUUGAUAGCGUCGUAGCUCAUGCGAAGAAAACUGGUAUGGUAGAUAUCUUCAACUUCGUCACAAAGAUCAGACAGAAUCGACCAUACAUGGUCCAGACACAGGAACAGUAUGCUUUCAUCUAUGGAGCUGUACUGGAAGACCUUCUCUGGAGGAAUACUUUGAUCCCUAUUAUUCAUUUUACUGAUCAUCUUCAAGAUUUACACGCUUCUCUUGAUGAACAUAGACGAUCCAAUAUGACUAAGGAAUUUGAGACUCUAAAGAGUAUCUGUGCAGAUCCUCCAGCUUCACAAACAAGAUCAGGACGCAUUGCAGAUAAUCAAAAUCGAAACAGAUACGGCAACAACCUCCCAUUGCAGAGAAAUCGAGUGACGCUGGACUCUCCGGAUCACGAUUAUAUCAAUGCUAGUUAUGUCAAGGGAGUGCAGUGUACCUUCUUGACAACUCAGAUGCCAUUACCAAACACUGUAUCUGAUUUCUGUUCCAUGGUUAUAAACAAUCAACCAUCUACUAUCAUCAUGCUCAACGACAAGAGUCAAGAUGACAAGAGUUGUGCACAGUACUGGCAAGACCACGGAACUGCUCAGUUUGGAUCUUACACUGUUUCAACCUUAUCCACAUCCUCCGAUGAUGACAUGACCGUUCGACAGCUGCAAGUUACCAGCGACUCACAUGCCAGUCACACAGUAACUCAAUACCAGUUCCAUGGAUGGCCUAAAUGUAUUUCAGAGCGAAAGUCUGGGGCACGGUCGUUGCUGAGCCUAAUCCGUGCUGUCAAAAGUUCCACCAACAAUGAGAGAAAAUUUUCCAUUAUUGUCCAUUGUUUGAGUGGUGUUGGACGUACAGGUGUAUUUUGCAGUGCUAUGGAGUGCAUUGCCCAAAUAGCAGAGAGUGACUCAGUCGAUAUAUUCCAGACAGUCAAGAUCUUGCGGGCUGAUAGGAUGCAGUUCGUCCAAACAGAGGAGGACUAUGCUUUCAUCUAUGAUGUCAUCCGUGCAUACCUACACACUGAAAACUAUGAACAGCUUCCAUACCCUGUUGACGAUCACACCUACGGCAAUGUAGAGACAGAACGCCAUACUCCUGACCCGGAGGAGAACCCAUAUGAGGUCACAGAUCCCAAUGAAGCAGGACCUGGAGCCGUCGCACUCGUAUACGGCAACGUAGAUGCCCCAGAUGCUGAUAGGCCAAAGGACCAGGGGAGACCGAAGCCCAAGCCUCAAGAACCGUAUUUAGUCUACGAAAACUUUGCAUUUGAAUCUUAAUUGUUGCUUGACUUGUGGUGAGUUUAAUGACAGUCGGACCUAAAUUUUGAAGAUGGUGCUCGAACCUAUUUAACUUUAGAUGAAGUCAUCAUUAUCAUUGCAAAAUAUAAUUAAACUAUCAGGAUUGUCACUGUGCUAUUGUUGUUAAGUAUUUAUAUUUCAAAUUAAUGUUCACUAAAUACUUACAUGUACCUUAUUUGCAAGUGACGAUUUUGUUUCAUUGAGUGUAUGUCGUAACUGGGUAGUAAGAUGCUUCUUGAAAUUAAUCCAAUUAUAUUUUCCUCUUGACAAGUUCACGUAUACUCUUUGUGGACUUCCGAUCAAUACAUUCUAAAUUCACUACAUAUCGAAUAAUUGUGGCAAUAAAACACAACCCUGUCUUACUCCCAUCUCUUAUCAUUGCAUUCACUACUCUAGCCUACCAUUAUUUCCAAUCGAUUCAGAUAAAGACGUUGAAGCCGUCCUAGAACUGAUUUCUAUGUCCGCUUCCUCUGUGAAGAAAAGUUGUUCAAACGACGAUUGGAGUUUAUUGUACCACCUUGCCCUAAAAAACACCCGCAAAAAUGAUAUGAGCAUAAAAUAUGAUCUAUUUCUAACAAUCCAAAGCUUCAUUACAAGGGAGAGCAAGAAUGGUGGGUCUGCCAAGUCACUGACAAAUUUUCUCUUCCCGAUUUACGUGACGUUUUAAGUUAUAUUCCAUCUUCUUGGAAAGUAUAUUUUUGGCACGUGACCAAUUUACUCAUCUAACAAAGAUCUUAUAUAUUUUCAUUUUCAAAUGUUUUGAUGUCUUCAGUUUCUUGAAUUUGCACUUAUGUGUGCUUAUCAUGUGAUGACUCCCAAAGUCAACCCUUUGAUAAGGUUUUCUUGCUUCAUUACUCUUUUCAAUUUGUUACUUUCAUGACAAUCUAGUCUAUCAGGUUUCGCAAGAUUUCGCCAGGACUAUUUAAAGUGUAUUUUUAUUUUUUUGUUUCCUUUUACGUGCUUUUGUAAAGCAAUAGGUAAUCAUGAAAUUAGAAGCUAAACUAGUUGAUUUGUGAAAUAUUAUUCACACACAACGGUGGUACCACAAAAAAUAAUUGUAUGAAAUAAAAGACCAUGGGCACUACACAGUAAAAACGCUGUUUAAGAUUUUAUACAACGUUGUUUACUAUAUGAACCUUACAGUAUUUGUUUUACCGUUUAAACAAUCAUGUUUAAUUUAUUGAAAAUUAGAUAUUGAAAGUUAAACUUUGUUGCUUAAGAUUUAAACAGUUGUUUAAACUGUUUAAACAAUUACUGUAAGGUUCAUAUAGUAAACAGCGUUGUAUAAUUUUUGUUUACUGUGUAUACGGCAACGAUAAAGCUUGACCAUGUUUCCUUCAUGUUUUUAGAUUCCCGGGGGAGCGUUUCAUCAACAUUUACGUCCGACUAGUUGUCGGGAAUGACAACUUUCCUUGAUUUUCAUUGGCUAAGAACACUGUUACAAUAAAAACAGUCAGAUAAAAUGUCUGACAAUUCCUUUCAUGAAGCGAUGACAUGCUCCCUUGCUCUCUGUGUUAUGAAUCGUAGAUUCAAUUUGGCUUUAUAUUCUAUGCUUCAUAAUCUGUAAAAAGCUUCAGUUGUGUUCUUUUAAAGUGUCUAUCGUGUCUUAGUAGGUAUAUAUUUAAGAGUGUCACAUUAUUUCGUCUACAGAAAUAAUUUAGUCAUGUAAGUCGUUGACUAAAGGAAAUUAUAUGUAACAGUACUAAGAUUUUAUUAUGAGAGGAAAAUGUGCAUUAUUACUAUUAGUUUUAACUUGCUUAAUAAGAAUUGCGGGAAAAUGAUGGUCGUAUAGUUUUAUAGAAUCGUUUGUUCCUAGAUCUGUGGACCGGUUCACCUUUUUUCACUUGAAUAUGUCAAUUGUAAGGUUAAUUAUUGCUGUUCGAUAUUGUAAAACUGCUUUACUAGUAAUGUAAUGCUUUCAGACCACUGCUUUGUUCAAUGAAAGGAAAUUGUUAAAUACAGUAAAAAUCGGAAACAAAAAUUAUUUUCAAAUUCAUGAACCAAUGUUUAUUUUGUCCUACCAUUUUGUGGUUUUGUUUGAUUUUCAUUUGAAGAGGCCUACAGGGUAUUGUAAUAUUCAUUUUGGUUAUUGUUAUUUGUAAUUUAUUGUUUAAAAACACAUAUUUUCUAAAUGGAGGUGUGCAGUCCUUUCUUCAUAUGACAUGUACGAGGAAAGGGUCCAUUAGACUAUCUGAUUUAUUGAGGAUGAUAUACAUGUAUAUACAGUUUAUUCAAUGAAGGAUUUUUUUUCUUUUUUUGUAGUUUUUUAUGUUUCAUUUGAAGAUAUGUAUCAAAUACUCAUUUUAUGUAAUGUUAACAAACAAGAAUUUAUAACUUUCUAUGUAAGUUUUUAGUCGGUUUAUAUACCAUCUAUUUUUAUAUAACUUCAGAUGUAUAAAAUACAUUAUUCACGAUUUAUUGUUUCCAAUAAAGAUACUCACUGGCUGUCCAUGAGAAAAAAAUGAUAAUAAUUUACUUUG